CCCCGCCACAGCUUGGCCUGCCGUGCCCCUCCAAAAGUUUGCAGGUGUUGUUGACUCAGAUCGGCCAAGGGAGACUGCGCUUGAUAUCGACUCGACUCAGCAACGUAUUUGCGCACCGCCAAUUCCCACCCGUCAACAACAAGAUGAAGCUGGACGAGCUGAAGCCGCUUGAGGCCCUCCUCACCGCCGAUUUCCGCCAGAUUGAGCCCCGGCUGCAGGCCCUCGACAAGCACUUGAUCCUCCGCACAUACCUUGACGGCUACACGCUCGGCGAUAUCGAUACCAAGAUCUGGCAAGCUCUCCGUGGUAACCGUGCUGCUGUGUCCUUCAUCAAGCGGGGUAGCCUCGUCAACCUUGCCCGCUGGUUUCAGUUCAUCGAGGAGAAUCAUCCCGAGAUCCAGGCCGACAUCUUAGCUAAGGAUGCCGCUGCGAAGGCCAAGAUAGCCGCUGCGAGCAAAGCCGGCGCGAGCUAUGCUCUUGCACUGCAGAACGCCAACAAGGGUGUCGUGACGAGAUUCUUGCCCGAGCCCUCGGGAUACCUGCACAUUGGACACGCCAAGGCUGCCCUUCUUAGUGACUACUUUGCUCACCAAGCCUACAAUGGCACACUGCGUCUCCGUCUCGAUGACACCAACCCAUCCAAGGAGAAGCAAGAGUACCAGGACGCCAUCAUUGAGGAUCUCGCCUUGAUGGGCAUCCGGCCUGACGCUCUCUCUUACACCUCGGAUUACUUUGACUAUCUUUACGAGAUGUGCAUCCGGCUCAUCAAGGAGGGCCAUGCAUAUGCCGAUGACACUGACCAGGAGACGAUGCGCGAUGAGCGCUUCAAGGGCAUCGCUUCGCGGCGGCGUGACAGGUCUGUCGAGGAGAAUCUGCGCAUCUUCGAGGAGAUGAAGAAGGGCUCAGAGGAGGGUGUCCAAAACUGCAUUCGCGCCAAAAUCUCGGUCGACAACCCGAACAAGGCCAUGAGAGAUCCCGUCAUCUACCGCUGCAAUAUCGAGACACCCCACCACCGCACCGGGACCAAGUGGAAGAUGUACCCCAUGUACGACUUUGCCUGCCCUGUUGUCGACAGCCACGAGGGCGUGACCCACGCGCUCAGAUCCACAGAGUACACGGACCGCAAUCCGCAGUACCAGUGGUUCUUGGACACGCUCAAGCUCCGUCAGGUUUACAUGUGGGACUUCGCUCGGAUGAACUUCAUCCGGACCUUCCUCUCCAAGCGUAAGCUGGCAAAACUGGUUGAAACUGGCAAAGUCUGGGGCUGGGACGACCCGCGCAUGCCAACAAUCCGUGGCGUUCGCAGGCGCGGUAUGACCAUUCCCGCCUUGCGAGACUUCAUUCUGAAGCAGGGCCCAAGUAGGAACGUGGUCACCAUGGACUGGACGAACUUCUGGGCCAGCAACAAGAAGGAGAUUGAUCCAGUUGCACCCCGCCACACCGCCAUCCUCCAGAAGGACGUGGUGAAGGUGGCGGUCACCGGCGCCGAGGCGCCUGCCGAGCCUUUCUCGGCUGACAGGCCGAAGCACCCCAAGAACAAAGACAUAGGCAACAAGAAGGUAGUUUUUGCCUCGGAGCUCCUCAUGGACCAGGCCGAUGCCAAGAGCUUCAAGGACGGCGAGGAGAUUACCCUCAUGGCAUGGGGCAACGCCUUCGUCCGCCAGAUCGCGGGCGGUGACCCCAUCCCCAGCCUCAUAUGCGAGCUGAAUUUGCAAGGCGACGUCAAGAAGACUGAGAAGAAGGUUACUUGGCUCGCCUCCAAGGGCCAGAAGCUGGUGCCCGCCGAGCUGUGGGAUUUUGACUACCUCAUUACCAAGGACGUGCUGCAGGAGGAGGACAACAUGGAGGACUUUUUGAACCCAGUGACCGAGACAAUGGAGGACGCGUGGUGCGAUGAGGCGGCAGCGCAGCUCAAGAAGGACGAUAUCAUCCAACUUGAGAGGCGCGGCUACUACCGCGUGGAUAAGGGAUUGAACGACUGGAAGGAUGGCGAGGAAGGACCCAAGGGCAAGAGAUUGGUGUUGUUCUGCAUCCCGACAGGCAAGACGGGGCCGAAAUAGAGAAUUCAUGUGGGAUAGCUGCGGCAAAGUAAUGCCUGUUGCAAACGGACACUGACGAUAUCGUGCAGUGAAUUGUGACAAACUUUGUGGAUGACCACUCCAAAACCAGCAAACACUUCCCUCAUUUUGGCACUCGGGUGCUGCUCAGCCAA